ACGUUACCUCUGCCAUCAUCCUCCAUUUCAUGACGAAGCGCCUCUGCUGCUUCACGCCUGCCUUGCAUCUCCGAGGUUAAUUCAUGCAGCGGCUCAUCGACCUGCAGGAUUAUCUUCUGUGUGAGCAGUUUGGUGUUUGGUCUCCGGUGUUUCCAACACAUUUAGUGUCACAAACGCAGCGGGAAAUCAGCCGUGGAUGUUUCUGUGGAAAUAACUAACCAGUGGGUUUUUUGUUGUUUUUUUAUUAGUAGUUGACUUCCUGUCUCCACCAACGAUGGAUCAGCCAAUCAGCAAGCAGCUUUCCAGCUCCUCAGCGGCUCUCAGCUCCCCAGAGAGAGUGUCCUCUGUGUCCCGUCGAACAGCUUCCCCCAACAACAACAGAUCCUUCAGGAGUUCCUCCAACCGCAGAAGCAUCGCCGGAUUCCCCGAGGAAAAAGCCAAAACACCAACGGGGGAGACACCCAACACUCCGGUCCGUAGUUCUUCCUUCAAGGCCAACAGUAAAGGCCACGCUGCGUCGAAGCGGGUGAGGUCCAACCGGAGCCGCGCCCAGUCGCCCUGCUCCCCUGGACAGUACCCGCCCUCCCCGCUGCGGCAGAGGGCCCCCACCCCCGGCGCCGACGACAGGGGCAACAACGACAACAAAGGUCACGGCACUCUGGAGAGGAAAUCUGCCAAAUCUGAAGCUCCAGACAACAAGAAGAUCAGCAAAUCCAGCAGCAGAGAGCUGAACGCAGAGUCACCAGGCACGCCCAGCGGCCGCAGCGUCGGCGGGACGACGGACGCCGAGGAGGCGUCCCGUCUGCUGGCGGAGCGACGGCGUCUGGCCCGGAUCCAGAAGGAGCAGGAGGAGAGGCAGCGGCAGGAGGAGGAGAGGCUGAAGGCGGAGGAGGAGCAGAGGAGGCAGCAGGAGGCCAGGGAGCGCCAGGAGAGAGCAGCACGAGAGGCCGAGGAGGAGAGAGCGAGGAAGGAGGAGGAGAAGAGGAGCAGAGAGGAGGAGGAGAGACGACAGAAGGAGCAGAGAUGGAAGAACAUGCAGGACCAGCUGGACAGAGAGCGGGAGGAGGCCUUCCUGCGGGCGCAGAGGGAGGCUGAGAGGAAGAGGCAGGAGAGGGAGCUGCUGCACAUCCAGGAGGAGCAGGAGAGGCAGCAGAGGAAGAAGAGAAUUGAAGAGAUUAUGAAGAGGACGAGGAAGAGUGAAGUGGAUUCUCCAUCUGGAGCAUCGGUGUGUGAUGCUAAAGCUGAAGCUGUUGGCGCCUCAGAGGAAGACGCUCCGACUCCGGCUGAAGCCCCCGUCAUCAUGCUGGGCCCCCUGGAGAAUAAAAGCUUUGUGGACGAGCUUUCUGAUGGGGUCCAGUCCAUGGACGUCAGUUCUCCAUCUGUCUCCAUCAGCCCCGUCUCCAGGGACGAGCAGGCCAGCGCUCAGGAGUUCUCCCCGGUGGCCGAGGGGCCCGACGGCUACCCACCCGACCAGCCCAUGGACCUGGACGCCCCUGGGCGGGGACGCCCCGGGGCCGACACGCCGCCGUACCCCAGGCUGCAGGCCGGCAGCGGCGUGGGAGACCUCAACAAGAACCUGCUGAUCCAGGCGUACAGCGCCGCCUCGGAGUCUGCGCAGCUCAUCCACAGCGUCGGCCCGAGCAAACUGGACGUCUAACACCGGAGCUACAACAGGAGCAAACACAGCCACCUCCCUCUGCAACAGUAGUCAUCCUUCCCACCAGAAACAAAGUUUAGCAUCUGAUCUUUCAUCCGUGUUUCCGAACCGCACCGGAGGCGGCGCAGACGGGGAAGUCCAGCUCACAGAAACAUGCUAAUAAUGUCAGGUUUAUGUUUCUGACUGAAAACAAACACUCCUGCCUGCUCAGCAACGUAUUUAUGACAUGAACGUGUGAAGGUUCGGGUGUUUAAACUGUAAAUGCUCAUCCAUAAAUCAGAGGUUCUGAUGAAGCCCGGUUUGCAUCAGCUUCUCCAAACGUUGUAAAUAGAUCCGACUGCAGGACGAUCAGCAGAGCCGCUCCGACGUGUAGCAUCUCCGAGCCGGACUAGCCGGUUCCACAGUGUCGGUGUUUUCUGACGCCGUUUACCUUCAAACUGCUGCAGACGCACCCGAGUCUGCACAGGACGACGGCGACUUUGGGCCACAGCAGAUGGAAAAACAGAGUAAAUUUACACCAGAACAGCUCAGAAAAUUUCUACAAAAAACUCAGAAACCU